UUGCGCGCUCCCGGUGAGUUUUAUAGCAACUGUUGCCCAGUGAGGCAGCGCCAUAGUCACCGUAGUCCUGGCGACUGUAACCCACCAACAACAACCUCUCGCUCCAUCAUUACCACCUCCUCCACCAUCCUCAUCUUCAUCAACCAGUCCACAGCUCAGGCGCCAUGCAGACCCCUGAAGCAGGCGCUGACUCCACCUCCACUGUCCCUCUUCAGACCACCGUGCCUGUCCAGCCUACCGGCUCCACCCAGCAGGUGCCUGUCCAGCAACAGGCCCAGACUGUUCAACAGGUUCAGCAUGUUUACCCAGCACAGGUGCAGUAUGUGGAGGAAAACAGUGGCGUCUACACCAAUGGCAACAUAAGAACAUACUCGUACUCAGAGCCGCAGCUGUAUAGCCAGAACAGUGGAGGGAGCUACUUUGACACACAGGGCAGCUCAUCGCAAGUGUCCACUGUGGUGACAUCUCAUGGCAUGACCAACAAUGGAGGAGGGGGCAGUGGAGGAAUGAGCAUGAAUCUGGCGGGGGGUCAGGUAAUCAGCACCAGUCCUGGGGCUUACAUCAUGGACAACACUGGACCCCACCCUGCCACCCAGACGGCACGAGCUUCCCCAGCUACUAUUGAAAUGGCGAUUGAGACACUCCAAAAAUCGGAGGGUUUAUCCAGUCAGAGAAGCUCGCUGCUCAACAGCCAUCUCCAGUGGCUGUUGGACAAUUACGAGACAGCAGAGGGCGUGAGUCUACCACGAUCCACCCUCUACAAUCAUUAUCUGCGCCACUGCCAGGAGCAGAAACUGGACCCUGUAAAUGCAGCCUCUUUUGGCAAACUCAUCCGCUCCAUCUUCAUGGGACUUCGUACAAGGCGUCUUGGGACAAGAGGGAACUCCAAAUAUCAUUACUAUGGUAUACGUGUGAAACCAGACUCCCCACUAAAUAGACUCCAAGAAGACAUGCAGUACAUGGCCCUCAGACAGCAACCUGUUCAGCAAAAGCAGAGGUUCAAGCCAGUGCAGAAGUUUGAUGGCUGCACUGGGGAGAAUUACUCAGGUGGAGGCCAGCACCAUCCUGGUGCAGAAGAGCAGACAGUCAUUGCACAGAGUCAACACCACCAGCAGUUCCUAGAUGCAUCACGGGCCCUCCCUGACUUUGUAGAGCUGGACGUGGGACAGAGCAAUACAGAGAACAUCAGUCCGGAGGAUGUGAAAGCUCUCCAGGCCCUUUACAGAGAGCACUGUGAGGCUAUCCUUGAUGUGGUUGUCAAUCUCCAGUUCAGUCUAAUUGAGAAGUUGUGGCAGACAUUCUGGCGGUAUUCUCCCCCUGACUCUGUAGAGGGUGCCACUGUAACAGAAAACAGCAGUUUAAGUGAGAUUGAAGCACGGCUGCCCCGUUCACAGCUAUUGGAACUGUGUAGAAAUGAGGCCGUACUCAAAUGGAUGAGCACAUGUGACCAUCUUAUGUACCAGGCCCUUGUGGAAAUCCUCAUUCCUGAUGUCCUGAGACCCAUUCCCAGUGCCUUGACUCAAGCCAUUCGCAACUUUGCCAAAAGCCUGGAAGGUUGGCUCAAUAACGCCAUGAAUGCCAUUCCACAGAGAAUGAUCCAGACCAAGAUUGCCGCUGUUAGUGCCUUUGCGCAAACACUGCGCAGAUACACAUCUCUGAACCACCUGGCUCAGGCGGCACGUGCUGUUUUGCAAAACACGUCACAGAUUAACCAGAUGUUGAGUGAUCUCAAUCGUGUUGACUUUGCCAACGUACAGGAGCAGGCAUCAUGGGUGUGCCAGUGUGAAGAGGGAGUAGUUCAGCACUUGGAGCAGGACUUCAAGGCCACACUACAGCAGCAAAGCUCUCUGGAGCAAUGGGCAGCCUGGCUGGAAAAUGUGGUCACUCAGGUGCUCAAGCCUUACGAGCACCGGCCCAGCUUCCCCAGGGCAGCUCGACAAUUCCUGCUCAAGUGGUCCUUUUACAGUUCUAUGGUGAUCAGGGACCUGACCCUGCGCAGUGCUGCCAGCUUUGGUUCCUUCCACUUGAUUCGCCUGCUGUACGAUGAAUACAUGUUUUACCUAGUGGAGCAUCGUGUGGCACAAGCUACUGGAGAGACACCCAUUGGUGUCAUGGGGGAGUUUGACAGCCUGAACACCCUGUCCCUCUCUAAUAUUGAUAAAGAUGAAAUGAGUGGGAUGGAUAGUGACUUAGAAGAUGACGUGGAGGAGUCCGGGGAACCUCUUGCCAAGCGAGAGAAGAAGUCGGAACAUGAAGUGAUCCAGGUGAUCCAGGUCGGGGCACUAGAGGACGGGUCCCACCCUGUGGUGGGGGUUGUCCAGCCAGGAGUCCUCCACUCGCUGCCCCAGCCCCCGCAGGACCACACUGAGCACAUCCUAACCCCCUCUGCCGGUACUCCCACCAUCCGCCACUGCAGCGCUACAGGCAACACCUAUGCCUCCGUUUGAGGGUCUGAGGGCACAGCGGACCUUGUCUGGCCUGUUUUCACUCUCCACAUAUCUUUCUCUCUGUAAGUCUAGAUGUUUCCGUCUUUUUCAUGCAUUGUCUGUGUCUGCACUUGUGCGGACACGCUCUCUGCUCCCUAUCUAGCCCGGUCAGUGGAGGAGUGCUGAAAUGAUGAUACUCUGGCUAAGAUGUGCUGUCCGUGUCUGACUGCUUAGAUUCUGGAUGUGGUGUCAUCACAUAAGUCUGUGCUCUGUCGCAAUGGGGCAGCUGGAGGAGGACUAAUUUGACCCGUUAAUUAUGUUUCCUGCCUUGGCAUGACUUAACGCCUCUGUCUGUCCACACAGACAGGUUUUGUCUUGAAGGAAAAUUCAGCUCUUUCAAACUACUGAUGUCUCAGAGCUCAAAUCCAUGUCACUAGUCCCAGUGGAGCAAAGUCAUUGAUUGACUCAAGACCUUCACCUAUUGUAAAUAGUUUUGCUGUACUUUCAAUUGGUAUUACCCCCAAACCCAUGGUGCUAUUGAUUUGUUUUGAUUUCCAUUUCCCUCCUACUUUUAGCAUGAUUUAUGUCCACAUGCGUUCCAACUGCUGAUAAACGUUUGGCUGAACAAAAUAUUUUGAGUAUUGUAUGUAGCUAAAAAA